UGUGGGCUUUUAAUCAAACUUUCUUCGGCCUUUUGCUUGCCAAAGUAGUAAGCUAACACUGGCGGUUCCUAGGCGGCAAUAAGUUACACAGGCUAAACGGUGCGUUUUGACCAAGUAAUUUUAAAAAAGGCAGUGCGUUUUAGAAAUUGAAAUUGAAAUUGGGAUUGGGAUUGGGAUCAAUUGUUUUGCCGUACAACAAUGAAGGAUCGUUCAGAGAAACCAAAUGCUAACCCUAAAUCGAACUUGACGAACCAAAAUUACAGCAAUCCAAAGAAGGGGGACAAGAAGAAGAAGAGUGAAUUUGAGUUCUGCAAGGUUUGUAAACUGAAUCACAACCAAGGGCAACGUCAUAAGUAUUUCCCUAACCACAAAAACUGCCUCUCCGUUUUCCUCUCUCGAUUCCAAAACAAGAUCGACGACAUUCGCUUCUUCUUGAAAAAUCCUACCGCUCUUCGACCCGAACACGCUGAUCGCAACCGAUUUUGGUGCGUCUUCUGCGAUACUGAUGUCGACGAGCUCGAUAGCUCUUUCGCUUGUGAAAAUGCUAUUAAUCACUUGGCUGGCACGGAUCACCUGAAGAAUUUGAAACAUUUUCUCUGGCAAUAUGGUGGUAAGAUGGACUGUUUGGACAUGUAUAGGAUAUUGGAAACUGAUCUGACAAAGUGGGAGAAGAAGUGUAAGUCAUUGAAGAUUGAAGCUAUGGCUGCUCCUACUGAAGGGUCUUGUGGAGUUGUAUAUGGAGCUUCAAAUGAUAUCCACAAUAACAUCAACUUUGAAAAAAUAAAUAACCUUGAACAAAAUACUAUUAACACUCUCAAAUCAAGUUAUUCAAAUGUUGUUAUGCCUUUACAGUACAAUACGGAUAAGUAUCAGAUAUCUAAUUCAAGAUUCCCUGAAGGUGCAAAUUUUGGUUCAAAUUUGCAUGAGGUUAACUUUUCUUUGCUUGUGGGUGAACGUACCAAUACGAGUUUGUGGAACUCAAAUGAUUUGAUAGCUAAAUGCAGUAGCCAACAGAAUCUUCUUUACAAGAAUGGAAUAUGCCCCCCAGGGAAUGCUUACCUCAGUAAUGUUGGGGUGUGCCAAGUGUACCAGAGUGGAAGUGUGGCGAAUGGAGAAAACAGUUCUCAGGGUUUGCAGAGCUUAGCUCAAGUCACUUUGAUGUCAACAGGAGAUGCUGGAGGAAAUGUGCACUCUGGAGCAGCUCCUCCUUGGCUUGAAACAGCUGAUCAAACUUUGCUAAAUGAUAAAGUAAAACCAGCUUUAAGUAGCUUUAUUUCGUCAAGUAAGUCACAGAAAUUCCGUAAGUUGAACCCAAAAAGGGUGGGAGCUGCUUGGGCUGAAAAGCGAAAGAUGGAGCUGGAGAAGGAGAAGAGAGGGGAGAUUGUCAACAGUGGUUGUGAUGCUAACUGGCUUCCUGAUUUUGGUAGAGUUUGGCAGUCAGGUAGCAGGAAGGAAUCUAGAAAAGAAUUUGAGAUUGAGAAACAGAAGUUCUUCAAGGUUGAAAGUCAGUCUGACAUGCCAAUUAAGAUACAGCCUUACAUCAGUAAACGAAUGCGAAAAGAUUCUGGUGAAUGAUGAUUAAUGAUCAUGCAGAGGAAAGACCAUUCCAGUGAAGAUGAUGCUCAAAGAAUCAAGUAGCAUUCUUUUGUUUUUCCCCUCCCAUGGUGAAUCUAAAGACUCAUAAUGAAAAAUUUUCAGGAAAGGGAAGAGUGAGCCAUGGUGAUUUCACCAAUGAUAUUUAGCAACUGUUAAGAUUCCCUAAUGUAUUUUCUCUGGAUUCUCAUACCAUCUCUCAAAAGUUGUGUGCACUGUACAGCAUAAGAAAUAAUUUUCUUUUGCCCCCUCUUGUCUCACAAUAUGUAUGUAUAGCUAUGUUUCUGUUCUUUCUGUGGCAAUCAGAUGUGCAGUUUUAGGUUUUGAACAAUGGAUUUCUGAGCCGUGGCUCCCUGUUUAUACAUAUAAUUGGCAACCUUACAAGGGCCAGUUUGCC